GGUCCGAACGCUGGUCUUGUCAAAUUCAGUGUAUUCAGUGCAAAAUUGUGAACUUAUAAAUUGGUUACAGCAAUAAUAAUGGAAUUUCCACCUUGUCCACCAACUUUAAAGCAAAUUCAGCAUUUCCUCAAGAUAGCGCAGGAACAUGAUUCUCGUGAUAUUGUUGUAGCGUAUUGGUCGCGCCUCUAUGCUCUCCAAAUUGGACUGAAAAUCUCCAGCCAGCAACCAGAUGAAAGCAAACUACUAUUGGCAAUAAUGGACUGGUUGGAGGGUACAAAGAAGUCGCAGUUGGAAAACGAAGCUAUCACAAAUGAAGUAGCAGCACAGGCACAUUUGGAAAAUUACGCCCUGAAACUCUUUCUAUAUGCGGAUAAGCAAGAUCGUGAAUCGAAUUUCGGAAAAAAUGUUGUAAAAGCCUUCUACUCUAGUGGCGUUAUUUACGAUGUGCUCCAAACGUUUGGCGAACUUUCCGAAGAGUCGAUAAACAACCGUAAAUAUGCCAAAUGGAAGGCAGCUUAUAUUCACAAUUGCCUGAAGAAUGGCGAAAUUCCAUUGCCGGGACCGGCAGCCGACGAAGAUGGUGAAUUUGGUGCUAGUGGUGGCACAGAAGCUAAUGCCUCAGGCGAUGGUGAAGGGGAUCCUGAUAUCACCGCCAUACCGCAAGAUCCACCAGCUGAUGAAGAAACAGCUCCAACAUCAAUUCCAGAUCCUUCACCACCACAUAGCCCUCCACCUACUGUAGAUGAGGUUCUUAAUAACCCGAAUAAAUUGCCAAGUCCUCCUGUAGAUGAAGAAAAACCUGGUGGUUUCGAGCCAUAUGUGCCUCAAGCACAGCCUAAUCGAAUAUAUAUACCUCCAACGCCAGUUGCGGAUUUGCAACUUACACCUGAGCAAAUAAUGAAGGCGCAGAAAUACACGAAAUUCGCUGGCACAGCUCUCAAUUUUGAUGAUGUGAAAACAGCUAUCGAUAAUCUUCAGAAAGCUUUAAAACUCCUAACUACCGGCGAAGAUGAAUAAAUUCUUGAUUUUGCGAAUCAAGUAAUUAUGCUCUGCGUAUAUUGAUGUGGAGCUAUUGAAACUCACUAAUAUUUUUUUUUUGUUAUAUACUAGUCUGUAUUAUGCAGUUUAUGUUAAGUAAUAAACUAAAUACUAAAUUGAAUAAGAAAUACAUAUAUAUAUAUGUAUACAUAGUAUAUGGAAAUAAA